UGGCCCCGCCCCCUAGCAACGUGCUGGCUUGUGUUAACAACCGGCCGGCCAGGGAUCAGACGCCUGGGUCAGCUGGGGGGCGGCAGCGGCGCUACGCGGACUGUAUGGCGGUGGCCUAGGCGCCUGGCGGAAUUUUGGGACCUUUCGCGACUCUAGCGACUCUCAGGCUGCCUUCCCUUCUCGGUGGCGGGGCCUCUUUGGGCCCAGCGACUGCGGGCGCACCUUAGGACAGGAAGAUCCCCUCACUCUCCACCCCGCUGCCACCAGCCAUGUGGACAGAGGAAGCCAGGGCGACCGCCGAGGCCCAGGAAUCCGGCAUCAGGAACAAGUCUAGCAGUUCCAGUCAAAUCCCAGUGGUUGGGGUGGUGACGGAGGACGAUGAGGCGCAGGGUGUUUUCAAGCCUGUGGACUUCAAUCAUGUCAUCAAACUCCUCGAAGAGACUGAUAAAGAUGGUUUGGAAGAAAAACAACUUAAAUUUGUCAAGAAACUGGUACAGUGUUAUCAGAAUGGACUUCCAUUAAGGGAUUUAGCACAAAUAUUUAAAAUUCUGAAUCUGUGUGCAGGAAAAAUAAAAAACCAGCCUCGUUUUGUAGAAUCUGCAUAUGAUAUCAUAAAACUGUGUGGCUUGCCAUUUUUGAAAAAGAAAGUGUCGGAUGAAAUAACUUAUGCUGAAGAUACUGCUAAUUCAAUUGCACUUCUGGGUGACUUAAUGAAAAUACCGAGUUCUGAAUUGAGAAUACAAAUUUGUAAGUGUAUUGUUGAUUUUUAUCAUGCAGAACCACCAAAGAAGCAUAUUCCAGGUUACCAGCAAGCGAGUUCAUCAUACAAGAUUCAAAUGGCUGAAGUUGGAGGAUUAGCAAAAACAAUGGUCCAGUCAAUGACCUUGCUUGAAAAUCAACUUGUUGAGAAACUUUGGGUACUUAAAGUUCUGCAGCAUCUCUCAACUUCUGAAGUUAAUUGUACUAUAAUGAUGAAAGCACAAGCAGCCAGUGGACUCUGUACUCACCUCAAUGACCCAGAUCCCUCUGGGCAGCUUUUAUUUCGUUCAUCAGAAAUACUUUGGAACUUGCUGGAAAAAUCUUCAAAAGAAGAAGUCAUACAACAGCUUAGUAACUUGGAAUGUUUGCUGGCUUUGAAGGAAGUAUUUAAAAAUCUGUUUAUGAGAGGUUUCAGUCAUUAUGACCGUCAGCUUAGAAAUGACAUAUUAGUGAUCACUACAAUUAUAGCUCAAAAUCCUGAAGCACCAAUGAUUGAAUGUGGCUUUACCAAGGAUUUGAUACUGUUUGCCACCUUUAAUGAAGUUAAAAGUCAAAAUCUUUUGGUAAAAGGACUUAAGCUUUCUAAUUCCUAUGAAGAUUUUGAGUUGAAGAAAUUACUAUUCAAUAUAAUUGUGAUCUUAUGUAAAGAUUUACCUACUGUACAGCUAUUAAUUGAUGGCAAAGUUAUUUUGGCUUUGUUUACCUAUGUUAAGAAGCCUGAGAAACAAAAAAUAAUUCACUGGUCUGCAGCACAGCAUGAAGAAUUACAACUGCAUGCAAUUGCCACUUUGUCAUCAGUUGCUCCUUUAUUAAUAGAAGAAUACAUGUCAUGCCAGGGAAAUGCUCGAGUCCUUGCAUUUCUAGAAUGGUGUGAGAGUGAAGAUCCGUUUUUCAGUCAUGGUAACAGUUUUCAUGGUUCAGGUGGCCGAGGCAACAAGUUUGCCCAGAUGCGUUACAGUUUAAGACUCCUGAGAGCCAUGGUCUACCUUGAAGAUGAGACUGUAAACAAAGAUCUUUGUGAAAAGGAAACAAUUCAGCAAAUGAUAGGAAUCUUUAAAAAUAUAAUAAGCAAGCCUAAUGAAAAGGAAGAAGCCAUUCUUUUGGAAAUCCAGUCUGAUAUAUUAUUUAUCCUAUCUGGUCUUUGUGAGAAUCACAUUCAAAGGAAGGAAAUUUUCGGAACUGAAGGAGUAGAUAUAGUUCUUCAUGUGAUGAAAACAGACCCCAGGAAGUUACAGAGUGGCUUAGGCUAUAAUGUACUUCUUUUUAGUACAUUGGACAGCAUUUGGUGCUGUAUUUUGGGAUGUUAUCCUUCAGAGGAUUAUUUUCUUGAAAAGGAAGGCAUUUUUCUCCUUUUGGAUUUGUUAGCAUUGAACCAAAAAAAAUUCUGUAAUCUAAUACUUGGAAUAAUGGUUGAAUUUUGUGAUAAUCCCAAAACUGCAGCUCAUGUCAAUGCUUGGCAAGGGAAGAAGGAUCAGACAGCUGCUAGUCUUUUAAUUAAAUUAUGGAGAAAGGAGGAAAAAGAACUAGGAGUAAAACGUGAUAAAAAUGGGAAGAUCAUUGAUACAAAAAAACCUCUAUUUACUAGCUUUCAAGAAGAGCAAAAAAUCAUCCCACUGCCUGCUAACUGCCCAUCUAUUGCGGUUAUGGAUGUUUCUGAGAAUAUUAGAGCAAAAAUUUAUGCUAUAUUGGGCAAACUAGAUUUUGAAAAUUUACCUGGCCUAUCUGCUGAAGAUUUUGUCACCCUUUGUAUCAUACAUAGAUAUCUUGAUUUUAAAAUUGGAGAAAUAUGGAAUGAAAUAUAUGAAGAAAUAAAAUUAGAAAAAUUAAGACCAGUCACUACAGAUAAAAAAGCUUUGGAAGCUAUUACAACAGCAUCAGAAAAUAUUGGAAAGAUGGUUGCUUCUCUGCAAAGUGAGAUAAUUGAAAGCCAAGCACGCCAAGAUGUGCAAAAUGAACAAAAAGUAUAUGCAAAAAUACAGGCCACGCACAAGCAAAGAGAGCUGGCUAAUAAAUCAUGGGAAAAUUUUUUGGCUAGAACAUCAAAUGCUAAAACGUUAAAGAAAGCAAAAAGACUGCAAGAAAAAGCUAUAGAAGCCUCCAGAUACCAUAAACGACCACAAAAUGCAAUAUUUCACCAAACAGAUAUUAAAGGCCUUAACACAACGGUGCCCUCUGGUGGGGUAGUAACAGUGGAAAGCACUCCUGCCCGAUUAGUAGGAGGACCUCUGGCUGAUACAGAUAUUGCUCUUAAAAAACUGCCCAUUCGAGGAGGAGCCUUGCAGAGGGUGAAAGCAGUUAAAAUUGUGGAUGCACCAAAAAAGAGUAUUCCUACGUAAUAUACUGUAGAGACUUUUUGAAAUAAAAUCAGCUUGUAAUUGUU